AUGUCCAUGAUGAUAAUAACACAUUAUGGUGAUCAUGAUGACCAAGAUAGUAAGCUUGAUGUCCAUGAUGUUCAUGAUGAUGAUCAUGAUUAUCAUCAUGAUAAUGGUGAUUUUAAUGAUAAUGAUGAUUUUAAUGAUCAUGAUGAUCAUUAUGGAGAUCAUGAUGAUAUUGAUGUUGAUCAUGAUGAUAAUGAUGGUGAUGAUGGUGAUCUUGACGCUCAUGAUGGUGACCAUGAUGAUCCUGAUGAUGAUUAUGGUCAUCGAGAUCACCAUCAUGAUUGGCAUAAUAGGCACCAUCACAAUCAUCUUGAUCUUCAUCAUGAGCACCAUUAUGAUCACCAUCAUAAUGACCAUCAUUUGCACUAUCAUGGUCGUCAUCAUGAUUAA